CAAGCGGGAGAUGCGCAUAAUCAGGAAAUGAGUUCGCGCUCGCGUAAUUUUAAAAACAGAAUAAAUUUGGAGAAAGUAAAUCCAAUCAACAAUGGAUUCAUGUGAUGCGGGGCUUACAAACGACUGGAAAAACACGAAAGAAGCUGUUGCAAACUUUCGAAGUCUGCUUCUCUGUUCAAAAUGCUCUCAGUUAAUGAAGGAUCCUGUUUGCCUCGGAACAUGUGAACAUAUGCUAUGCAGGUCCUGUGCUGGCCCAAAGGCAGGCGAUGGUUGUGUGGUGUGUCAGAGCCCUUCCUGGGUAAAAGACAUUCAAAUCAACAGACAGCUCAGCAGUAUCAUAUCCCACUUCUGUGCCUUGGAAUCGAUAUUAAACCCCAAUGGAAAACCAGACUCCUCCAAAGGAAUACAAGCAGAAAGCGAGAACACAGUCUUAAAACACAAGAAGAACUUCAAGAUUUGGUUCAGUCCUCGCAGCCGCAAAGUGCGCUGCAUGUUGGAAACGGCUCCAAAAUUCUUCAUACCUGAAAGCAAGAAAAAAACAACUGAAGCACAGCCAAGUGCUCCCAUGGCUAAAGUCGGCGACCUGACAGUUUUCAACUUUGCCUCAUCUUCCCAGGACUCUUGCUCCUCUUCUCCAACAUCCACUAAAAACGGUAAGAAAAAGAAAAAGAGGGUCAAUGAGAAAAACUUUGGUGGAAAAAAGAAAACUCUGAGAAGAACCACCAAGAAACAACAGAAUGUCACCAUAAAGAAGACCCUCGAAGCUAUAAACGAGCAAUGGGGGAAGACCGAAGAAUCAGUGAAAAGAAAGUCGAGUAAAAAGGUUUCAUUCUGCAGUCCUGCUGAAAAAUAUGACAAUAAUCUCAGCCUUGUCUCUGGCGAUAGCACCUUGAAAGACAUACUUAAAGAGGGUAGCAUCGCUGCACCGAACAACUCAAACUUACUUUGUCAGAAUGAAUCAGACAGUGUUCAGGACACACUGCUAGAUUCUUACGCCAUCCCAAUAAAGAAGCCUACAAAACAGGCCAAUCUAUCGCCUCCACAGCGUUCCUCGAAACGUUCAAAGUCUGAGGAUGAAACCAUCACCCUGGAGACUACACCAAAAAGGAAAGCAGUAUCACCAGGCACCUGUCAGAAAUCACUGAGUCACUCACUUGCUGAUGCUAUUAAUUCUCAGUCCUUGUCCAGCCCGAUUGGUAAACGAACCCCUCAAAGAGAUGGAGGUGAAAGUCCCCCUGGUGCCAGUACUGGCAUGGGUAGAAAAUCUCCCUCUUCAUUGGGACGCUGUAACUCUGGGACUGCAGCAGUCAUGAAGAAAAACCACAAAGGAGAGACCCCGCUACAUUUGGCCGCUAUAAAGGGUGAUGUUGAAAGUGUCAAGGAACUAUUGGACCAAGGUGCUGACCCCAACUUGAAGGAUAAUGCGGGAUGGACACCGCUGCAUGAGGCUUGCAACCUAGGUCACCUGAUGGUAGUGGAGGCACUAUUAUCAAGGGGGGCCUUGUUGAACACUCCCGGCUAUGAAAACUACUCUCCACUUCAUGAUGCUGUGCGCAAUGGGCACAUAGCCAUCGUCAAAUUGCUGCUACAGUUUGGAGCCUCACAGAGUGUGCUUAAUCUUCAUGGCAAACGGCCUGCAGACUACGCUGUAAGUCAGGAGAUGCUCGACAUUUUCCAGGAAGCGUCUGGGGAACCCCAGGAUGCUAAUACAUCUAUGAAUAGCCCGGCCAGUCUUUCUUUAGUGGAUAGCUGUGUGAAGCAGGAUGAAAUUGUUUUGUUUCUGUCAAGCAAGCUGCAGCAAACAGGCCAGCAUCAGUUUGCCAAGCUGAGCCAGCUUUUGGACGGAAGGAUAACAGACUCCUUUACUUCUUCGGUAAGUCAUAUUGUGGUGCCUGAAGGACCCACGCCGCGUACUUACUCCAUCCUCCUUGGACAUCUUGCUGGCUGCUGGAUCGUCAAAUACAGCUGGGUGGAGGCUUGUUUGCAGGCAGGCAAGCGGAUGCCAGAAAACGAGCACGAAGCAGGAGAGGGCCCCCGGCGCAGUCGCAUCAACCAAUGCAGUUUGCUCCCACCGCUCUUCGACGGCUGUUUCUUCUUCCUCUUGGGCUCCUUUAAGUCACCUAAAAAGAAUGAGCUGGCCAAUCUGCUCCGCGAAGGAGGAGGUCAACUUCUGAGUCGGCAGCCCAAACCUGACAGUGAUGUGACUCAAACACUAAAUGCUGCUGCCUACCACGCUAUGCCAGGAUCAGACCAGGCUCUCUGCACCCAGUAUAUCAUCUUUGACCAGCAGGGCCCACAUAAGCCAGCUGUGGUUCGAAGGGGCAAAGUGUGGUCUGCUCCCUCCUCAUGGAUCAUCGACUGUAUCGCUGCUUUCCAGCUCCUUCCUGUACCAAACCUUGCAUCAGAAUAGUCUUUAUUUUUAACACCAAUUUCUGUAUUUGCUUAUCACAAGAAUUAUUUCAUCUUUGUGAUUUGUUGCAACAAUGUUGAUGUGAUUUAAUGUUUAUUAUGGAAAUACUAUAAGUGACGGUUACUGUGUGUAUUACCCUCAGUGGAUUAAAUGGAUGCCUUAUGUUUUUGAGAAAAAGUAUUACAUGGUCUGCUUUGAUCUCAUAGAUUCAUACUAUAUAGUACAGUGAUCCCUUGUUUUUCGCGGUGAAUGGGGACCGCGAUGUACCCUCACUUACACACAUGCACAAUGAGUUGCCACAGCACACUACCGCUUGUGUUUAACAAGCUCAAUGAGCUCAUACAUUCGGCGCCUUUCAAGCUUCUCUGGCAAGAUCAAAGCUUCAGAGCUGUUACUUAUCGUUAACUUUAAUAAUCAGCUGCUUGUUGAGCAAGAAAAGCAGCAGCCGGGAGAGGUGAGAGGCUCUAUGUGAUCGAAUCGGAACAUCUCUAAAAUACUGUAUUUUUUAACUGGGAAAAAAAAUCUGUGAUUGACUGCUGGCGCGAAGUAGCAAGGGAACACUUUGUUUUACUGUGUCUCAUUUGUUGUAAACUGCAUUGAGAGGUAUGGUAAAAUCAAUAUUUUAGUUAAGGAGACCAAGGUCUGAGCUGUUAUAAUAAUGGAUCCCUUGAAUGUAGCUACUGUACAUACAUAAAACUACACUGUUAUGGCAAACUGACUCGGCCGAC